CACUCUCAAAAUUCCAACCACCACUUACUCCAAAACGCAGCCGUUUGACGCAACUCUUGCAGAACCGAAACAGCCAAACACAGCAAAAAAAUGGCGGCAGAGAACGGAGAGGAGAAGCUGAUCGCCGUAGCACGCCACAUAGCGAAAACGCUUGGCCACAACGAGUCAAUGGCAGAAGAUAUCUUGCAAAUCUUCUCCAACUUCGACGGCCGUUUUUCUCGCGAAAAAUUUGUCGAUAAAUUGACAACGGCAGGACAGGAAGAAGAUUUGAGAGCUCUUGACCAUACUAUCAAGUCCUUACAACGUCAGAUCUCCCAUUACGUCGCCGCCGAACACUCGAUCUGGUCUGACUCCGCCGACUCAUCCGCCUUCCUCGACUGUCUCGACGAGCUAAUCUCUACUGUCCGUGAACUCUCCGGCUCCAUUUAUGCCGAAGCGUAUCUGUCAAGCGCGGAGGAUCUUCUUCAGCAGGCUAUGUUUCGGCUGGAAGAAGAGUUCCGUCUGUUAAUGGAACGCGGAGGUGAGUCCUUUGAACUUCCCAGAUCUUACAAAAACGGUAACGGAGUGUUAACGGAAAACAAUAGUAAUAAUUUAUUGUAUGAUGAUUCUGACGAAGAUGACCACGAUGAUAGUGAUAGUGAGAUUCCGGUCGCGCAGCCAAUAAGUAAUUAUGACGUCAUAAUUGAUGCAUUGCCGUCGGGGAUUGUUAAUGAUUUGCAUGAAAUAGCGAAGAGAAUGGUGGUUUCGGGGUAUCGUAAGGAGUGUUUACACGUGUAUGGUAGUUGCCGUAGGGAGUUUUUGGAGGAAAGCAUGUCGAGGUUAGGGUUAGGGAAACUGAGCAAUGAAGAAGUGCAAAGGAUGCAAUGGAAUGAAUUGGAGGUUGAAAUUGAUAAGUGGAUUAAAGCGGCGAAUGUUUCGCUUCGGAUUUUGUUUCCGAGCGAGAGGAGGUUGUGUGAUCGUGUGUUUUAUGGGUUUGGUUCGGUGAAUGACUCGUCGUUUAUGGAGGUUUGUAGGGGGGCGGUGGUGCAGAUAUUGAAUUUCGCAGAUGCAGUUGCGAUUGGGAGUAGGUCUCCGGAGAGGUUGUUUAUGGUUUUGGAUUUGUUUGAGACAAUGAGGGAUUUGAUGCCCGAGUUCGAGUAUAAUUUUAGUGAUCAGUAUUGUUUGGUUCUUAGGAAUGAUGCAUUGGGGUUAUGGAAGAGGUUAAGGGAGGCAAUAAGGGGGAUUUUUAUGGAAUUGGAGAAUUUGAUUAGGCGGGAUCCUGCCAAAGCUCCAGUGCCUCAUGGAGGGCUUCAUCCAAUCACGAGAUAUGUGAUGAAUUAUUUACGUGCUGCGUGUGGGUCUAGAGAGUCGCUAGAGCUGGUUUUUGAGGAGAGUGUGAGUGUUGUUCCGUCAAAGGAUUCUACUUCAUCUUCCUUGUCGGUUCAAAUGGAGUGGAUUAUGGAGUUGUUGGAGAGUAAUUUGGAAGUGAAGGCGAAGAUUUACGGGGACGCUGCGUUGUGCUCUGUUUUCUUGAUGAAUAAUGGGAGGUACAUUGUGCAAAAAGUGAAGGAUAGCGAAUUGGGUUCGCUGCUUGGGGAUGAUUGGAUAAGGAAACAUACUGCAAAAAUCAAGCAAUACAUUUCGAGUUAUCAGAGAAGCACGUGGAACAAACUCCUGGGGGUGUUGAGAGCAGACUGCAGCCCUGUGGGUGCUAACGUCGGGGGAAAGUCCAUGUCUAUGAAAGACAGGAUUAGGGCAUUUAACUCGCAGUUUGAGGAAAUUUAUAAAUCUCAAUCUCGAUGGAUCAUAUUUGAUGAGCAGCUAAGAAAUGAGUUGCGGAUCUCUUUGUCCAAUCUAGUGCUGCCUGCUUAUAGAAACUUUAUUGCGAUGCUUCAAAAUGCUCCGGAUGUGGGAAGGCAUGCGGAUAGGUAUAUUAAGUACAAUCUGGAGGACAUUGACACCCGGAUAAAUGAGUUGUUCCAGGGCGGGAAUGGAUCAGCUGGUGGCAGGAAAUGAAGGCAAGCCACUGCAUGCUAUACUAUUGUGUAUGAAUGCAAUCAAUGAUUUUUAGCUCUUAACUAGAUACGUGAAUGUUUUGACACCUUUUGCUUCGUCUUUCUCUUUGUGAAUGAAAAUUAUAGAUGCUGUGCCAUCAAUCAAGAUGGUGUUCUGCUUCCCUUA